AUGAAUCAUGGUUAUAAAAGUGAUAGUGAAGUGCAUCAUCACAGCAGUCGUAAAUCAUCACCAUCCUCCUCCUCCUCCUCCUCCACUAAAUUCACAUUUUCAUCUCCAUUCAGCAAUGAAGUAAAAUUUGCAUUUCCUAACUUAACCAAACGUUCAACUUCAUUGUCUGACUUAUUUGAUAAUCAAUGUAUACAAUUGAAAACGUCUCUUUUAUCCAAUUCUUUUGUAUCUGAAAAAAAUGUUUCACAUUACAAUUUCUUUUUAUCAUCAACCUUUUCUAGUUCUUCUUCUUCCUCUUCUUCUUGUUCAAUUGAUCAAGAAAAUGAUAAUAUUAUAACAGAUCAUAGUAUUUCACGAAUAAUUGAAAAAUUCCGUACACCUAAAACACUGAAAGAUCGUUUAGGUAUUACAAUGACUUCUGCAAUCGGCAAUUAUUGGUUCCAACGAACUAUCACUUUGAAAAAGCAAUCACGGGGAUGUCAUUAUGUUACAGAUGAAAUUAAAAAAGCUUUGCCAGAAAUUGAAAAACUACAAAUGGGUAUUUUACAUCUUUUUAUUCAGCAUACAUCAGCUACUCUGACAGUUAAUGAAAGUUGGGAUCCGUCUGUAAAAACAGAUAUGGAAAUGGUUCUUAAUCAUCUCGUACCUGAGUCACUUAAAUACAAACACUCUUGUGAGGGUCCUGAUGAUAUGCCUGCACAUGCAAAACAAGCAUUACUUGGUGGACCGAGUAUUAGUGUGCCAAUUACGAAUGGUCAGUUAGCCUUAGGUACUUGGCAAGGAAUAUGGCUUUGUGAACAUCGAAAUUCUGGUUCUCCACGUAAAGUAGUGGCCACAAUACAAGGAUGCCUAAGACAAUGAAUUUGCUGAUUGAUUACUUGUGUAUAUUGCUGAUGUUAUUUUUUUUUUCUAAAAUUUUGUUCAAUGAUUACUUGCUUGUGUAAGUGAUUGGUGCUUAUAACAUUCCAAUUACUUUCAAUGUAAUUUUUUCAAUGAUUCAUAUAUUUUUUGCUUAAAAUAACACAUGAAUAAUGUAAAGCUUCAACUUCAACUACUUAGCUUUUCCUGCUGUUUGCUUUAAUUCCUAUCUUUUUCAUUUGUAAAAACGUUUGUUUCUUGUUACAUAUCAUUGUCGUGUUAUUUUUUCUAACACUUAUUUUCAUGAUGUUAAGUGUUUUCUUCAUUUGAGUACUUUGUUCUAAAUGAAACCUGUAGAAAGUAUGUGAUAACUACUUGAAGUUUUGAAUCCUAUCUUUAGUGGGAGAGUUACGGGUACACACUAUUGAGGUCGCCCCAUACUACGAUGGAAAAGCUUUCCAAUCGUUCUGUUUUGUAAUGACUGUUGAGUCAUAGUCAGCUCGUGUUUUAAACUGUCCUUGUAUAUUGUUGUUCUGUACUUACAUUUGCUCUUUAUUGUAGGUUUCGUUUGCAUUGAAAUUUAUUAGUUGUCAGAUGAAUAACAAAUUAAUGUAUUCGUUGGGUUCUAGACAAAAAAUCUAUGCUCAACAGUAUUUUGCAAAUUAUUAUGUAUCUCUGAAUCAUAUGUUUUUGUCUCUUGUACUACUUUAGUGAAGUGUCGCAUAAACUACAUGGAUGCCUAGGUAUUGUAUUUCUUAUGCCGAUUAUGUGAACCAAGAAAAGUGUUUUUGAUACUCUAUUAGAUAUACUCCUCUGUGACUGUAAAUAUUCCUUUGGUACACAGUACUGCAAUAUGGUAUAUCAAUUCCAAAUGUUGAAAUAUUCAAUGCUCUUACAAACAAGUGUGAUAUUAAACAACUUGAUGUUGAGAUGGCUCACAAAAGCCUCCAGAGGCACCCAAGAAACCAAAGCACGAUCAUAUGAACUCAGAUCGAUAGAAUUUUUGAAAUGUCCAUCACUAACUGCGGAUAGGAUGUUCUAAAGAUGUUUUAACUAUACACGAAAAACCAUAAAUAUACAUUUAUUUCCUGUACAUUUCGACACCUACUGAAGUAAAAUAUUCUUCUGAUUUUCUUCCGGCUUUUGAUUUGAACCAUGUGGAGCGAUUCUUUUAGUCCCAAUGCCAAUGUUUGUAUUGUGUAUUAGCUCUAUGUAGUAACAGAAUUAAAAUUUUGAAAUGUACGUAAAAUAUAGCCGUUUAAUUAUGA